CCCGACAGUGAAUGGAGACGUCUUGACAACAUAAAGAAUCUUGUUUGGUGUCAGCACAAACCCCAGGAGCACCACCUUUUACAAUCACUGGAAGGCUGACUUCAGUACCAUGUGUCCUUGAUGGAUUAUUAACUAAAGUAAGCUAAUCUUUAUGGUCUGUAGAAAACUUCACAGUGGCCAAGACACCUGCAGGAAAUGCACAGUGGUUAAAGCGUCUUAUUCCUCUACUAUCAGCUGGAGACUUUGACAGUUGGAUUGGCAAAGCAGAAAACAGCGUAAGACUAACACCUCGAAGACAGGAUUUUUCUCUUCUUUGUUGAAGAUUUGAAGAGACUGUUUUAGGAUGUGUGCAGUUUAUUUAGACCCGUCUCACAGUGUGUGAAAUGCUGGCUUUCUCUGCCUUCUAUUUCUGUACUGGAAUUAACGAAAAAUUCAGGCUAAAUUAAAUGUAAGAUCCUUCAACGUGAGAAACAAUAAAUAAUACAGAAGGCUGCGUAACAAGAGUUCAGAGAGCUGCUAAACUAACUAUGGCUGGUACAGGUGGUCCAGUGGCCACUUUCUCUGUGUGGGAUUAUGUGGUGUUUGCGGGAACUAUUUUGGCUGCAGCCGGCAUUGGCCUUUUCCAGGCCAUCCGAAGCCGCAAGGAGACCAGCAGUUCUGAGUUCUUGCUCGGUGGACGACAAAUGACAGCUGUGCCUGUUGCCAUGUCGCUCACUGCCAGCUUUAUGUCUGGCAUCACGGUCAUCGGCACACCGGCUGAAGCCUACCGCUUUGGAACUGCAUUCUGGCUGUUCGGCUUCUCCUAUGCCAUCAUGUCUGCCAUCACCGCUGAGGUCUUUGUCCCACUUUUCUACAGACUGGGAAUCACCAGUGCCUAUGAGUACCUGGAGCUUCGUUUCAGCCGGCCCAUUCGUUUGAUUGGGACGUCAAUGUACAUUGUUCAGACGGUCCUGUACACCGGCAUGGUCAUCUACGCGCCAGCUCUCGCGUUGAAUCAAAUCACAGGGCUUGAUCUAUGGGGAGUGCUGGUGGCCACAGGAGCAGUGUGCAUCGUCUACUGCACUUUGGGCGGUCUGAAAGCAGUGAUCUGGACGGACGUAAUGCAGAUGGUGAUCAUGCUGGCAGGUUUUGUGGCGGUUAUAGCCCGAGGAGCCGUUCUGCAGGGAGGCUUGACGAAUAUUUGGGAAGAUGCCAGCAAAGGAGGCCGACUAGAGGCGUUUGACUUUGACCCCAACCCUCUGAAGCGACAUACUUUCUGGACUAUCGUCAUCGGUGGCAGCGUCAUGUGGGUGUCCAUCUACUCGAUCAACCAGUCCCAGGUGCAACGCUACAUCUCCUGCAAAACCUUGAGACAUGCCAAGAUGUCUUUGUAUGUGAACAUGGUUGGCCUGUGGCUAACUGUGAGUCUGGCUGUGUUUUCUGGCCUCACCAUGUACUCAGUUUACAAGAACUGUGACCCACUUGAAAACAGUGAUAUAGGCACAUCUGACCAGAUGCUGCCGUACCUUGUUAUGGAUAUCCUGGCUGCCUACCCGGGAAUUCCUGGAUUGUUUGUGGCUGCUGCAUACAGUGGUACCCUUAGCACGGUGUCUUCCAGCAUUAAUGCUCUUGUUGCUGUCACUAUGGAAGACUUUAUUCUUCCAGUGUUCAAAAACCUCACAGAGAAGCACGUUUCCUGGAUGAACAUGGGUCUCAGUGUUUUCUUUGGUGCCGUGUGUAUUGGGAUGGCUGGAGUUGCAUCAGCCAUGGGAAGCAUUUUGCAGGCAGCUCUGUCCAUAUUUGGCAUGAUCAGCGGGCCUCUUCUUGGUCUUUACCUAUUAGGCAUGCUAUUCCGCACAUCAAAUUCAAUAGGAGGGCUCGUGGGAAUGAUCAUUGGUCUGGUGUUGACUCUGUGGGUGGGGGUUGGAGGCCAGAUUUACCCCCCGACAGCUGAAAGGACAAACCCUCUCCCAGUCACCACUGUGGGCUGCAACAACACAAUGAGUCAAAACUUCACAACCCAAGCUCCGUGGACCAGUCCCGUGACUCUGACCUCACAGCCCGAUGUGAGGCCGCCUCUGGCAGACUCCUGGUACUCCCUGUCCUACCUCUACUUCUCUCUUCUGGGUGUGCUUACCACAAUGGUGAUUGGCCUGCUGGUGAGCUUGGCCACAGGUGGCUGUAAGCAAGAACACAAGAACCCUGAUCUGUUUGUGAAGGCAAGCGACCUGUUUUGCUUCAGCUGCUGUGGUAAAUCAGAGGUAUCAGAAGUCCCAGAAAAGUCUGCCACAGACUUCAAUAUGGGGGCUGACAACCAGACAUUCACAGACGUUGCAAUGAAAAGCAAAGAUCCUGAAAAAGCCACCAAACUGUGACGCUGCUGUAUUCAUUCCUAUUUACUUCAUGGAGAGAUUUGAAUAUAAUUAUUUUUAUAAACAUGUUAAUGACUUAAUUGUUUUGCUGCUAGAUCCUUUGUGCAUUACAUUUAUAGAAACAAUUGUCCAUUACCGUUAUGUACAUAUUUAUGUUGAUAUGAAAGAUGUGUUUUAAACAUGUUUCUUGAAUUUCAAUAAAACAUUAUGUAUAUUUUA